ACUCGUGGUUGGCAUUUAGGAUCCGGAUAUGCAGCCGCUUCCUGGGCAUGGAGCCUUUCCCCCACCGGCAGUUUUUCAUCCAGAAUCUCCAGUUCAAGCACCGAUUCGCAUUCCGAAAAUAUCAUUGCGCCAUAACUAUUCCGGAUACUUUAUACCAACCUCCCGCGGGUGUGCAUAACUUGUGCUGAGCGGUAUAUACCAGCGACCCCGCACAAAGUGGAAGCGGGGCUUUAUACAUAGUGCCGGGUGUCGCUGAAGGAAAGAUCGAAGAAGGGCUCUUUAUCUACGCGACAGUGGUUCUUACUUAAUUCCUACAGUUCUACGUGCCUCAACACUACUAUAGUACAUCAAUCUCCAGCAAUGUCGUCCCCACCCCCCGCCUCAAGCGCCGCCGCCGUUCCCGCCCUACCCGUCGGAGCGAGCGCCGACCAGCCAUCAAUCGAAGUCGACGACGACUAUGACACCACCUCUGACUAUGGCUCCAGCCUUCAGAGCAGCACCCAAUCCCUCAGCACCACGAUCCGCGACUACGUCUACGAGAAUGGCCGGCGUUACCAUCGUUACGCCGAGGGAAAAUAUAUCUCGCCGAACGAUGAGAUGGAACAGGACCGUCUAGAUCUCGUCCACCACCUCUCCCUCCUUGUGUUAAACGGCAACCUCUACACCGCACCGAUUCCGAAGGAUCCGCACCACAUCCUCGACUGUGGCACUGGCACGGGUAUCUGGGCGCUCGAUAUGGCCGAUACGUUCAAGAGCGCGCAGGUCGUCGGUGUAGAUCUCAGUCCGAUCCAGCCGGCGUGGGUCGUGCCGAACUGCAAAUUCGAGGUGGACGACUUGAGUCUCGAUUGGACUUAUCCCAAGGAUCACUUCGACUUCAUCCACUCCCGCGACAUCACCUACACGCUCAAGGACCUUCCGCACUACGUGCAGCAGAUGUACGAGCACGUGAAGCCCGGGGGGUGGGUUGAGCUGGCGGAGGCGGAGAUGGGCGGCCCGUGGUCGGACGACAACAGCGUUCCCGCGGACUGCGCGUUCGUCGAGUACAUGGUGCACUUCACGCGUCUCGCGAGCGCCGCCGGGUUCGGUGAGACGAACGGUCACGCGCUGAAGAAACAGCUCGAAAAGGCUGGGUUCGUCGAUGUUUACGUCGGCACGUAUAAGCUGCCGUGGGGAACGUGGCCCAAGAAGAAGACGAUUAAGGAGCAGGGCGCCAUUGGGAAGAUGAUCCUCGAGAGCGGGUUUGAGGCCUACGGAAUGGCACUCUUCACAAGGGUGGGAGGGAUGACUGGCGCGCAAGCGGCGGAUAUCAUCACACGCGCAAAGAAUGACGUCGCGAAUCGGCAGAUUCACUCAUACACGUACAGGUGGCAUGUUAUUGGGCGAAAGCCGACGGCGGAGGAGUGUACCAAGGCUUAGGCGAGAUGAGAAGUAGGGUUUGUCUUGUGAAUCCUAUGCUAGAAUUUUUGCUAUGCAUUCUGAUCGGUGGGGGAUAAGUGGAGGCUGGGAGGCUGGGAGGCGGGGAGAUAGCAGAGAUUGGGAGGAGGGUCACUUAUCGAAUAUGGCUAUCCAUAUUGGAUACAGUGGCUGGACUAAUUGUGAUAAUGUAAUUGCUCGCAUUGGUAUCUUCGCACAGUGAUUUCUGUUCAUAUUCUCCAGAUCAUCGAAGACGCACACCUGGGAUAUAUACUGUUUGAGAUCUAGAGUUUCUAAAGUAGAGGGAG